GGUAUAUUCAACCCACAUGUAAAAGUGCAGUACGAUCCAAUGCCCACCGAAGAACCCACCAAACCCCUCCAUCUCCUCUCCCUCGACGGCGGCGGCGUCCGCGGCCUCAGCUCCCUCUACAUCCUCCAGCAACUGAUGCUCGACCUGCAGCACCAAUCCGCCCUACCCACCACCCCGAAACCCUGCGACGUCUUCGACAUGAUUGCGGGCACCAGUACCGGCGGACUGAUCGCCAUCCUCCUGGGCCGACUGCGGCUUUCGGUCCAGGAGUCCAUCGACGAGUACAUGGCGCUGUCGGAGGUGAUCUUCGGGGCCGAGGCACGGAAGUGGCCGUGGCAGGAUGGGCGGUUCAAGGCGACGAGACUCGAGGCCGCGAUUGCGGGGCUGGUGGGGCGGUAUGCGUCUACUCCUACUCCUACUGACGUCCAAGCUGGAAGGGAUGGAGAUGAGGGGAUCGCGCUGGGGUCGGAGGAGAUGUUGCUCGAGGAGAGCGGCGGUGGGUGUAAAGUGUUCGUAUGCGCGAAGAACACCACCGACAUCACCGGCCCACCGUACCUCUUCCGCUCUUACGACGACCGCGACGACAAUAGCGCAUCGUCGGCAUCGGAUUCAGCCGACUCGCCGCUCCGCCUUCCGAAGGGGAUCACCAUCUGCGAGGCGGCGCGCGCCACCUCCGCGGCGCCGAUCUUCUUCCGGCGGAAGACCAUCAAGCGGGAUGACGAUGACUACCACGAAGCAGAGUUCGUGGACGGCGCGCUCGGGGCGAACAACCCCACCAGGGUGCUGCUGCGCGAGGCGAAGAGGGUGUUCGCGCCGGAGAGGGUCGUGGGCUGCGUGGUGAGCAUCGGGACGGGCAAGAAGUCCAUCAGUCCCGUGACGGAGGCCGGGUGGCUGCAGCGGUGGGUGGCGCCCUCCUUGCCGCUCAACACGAUCCGCGCGCAGAAGGACCUGGCGACGAGUUGCGAGGCGGUGGCGGACGAGUUGGAGCGCCAGUUCUACCGGUACCCGGGUCCCGGGGUCUAUUUCCGGUUCAAUGUUGAGCAGGGCGUGGCGGAUGUGCGGUUGGAUGAUUACAAGAAGCUGGGGCAGCUCAAGGCGCGGACUAUAGGCUAUUUGUCGGAGUUUGGGGUCCAGGUGCAAGUGAAGCAGGCGGCUGAAGCUUUACGAGGCCGUCUGGAGGAGGGGGCAGAGGGAAGUGGAGACGAGGUUCAUAGAAAGUGUAGGGUGUCUGAUUUGUGAUGGUGAGCGCU